AUGACAUCUCGUUUAUACGCUGACGAUUUGGCUACAGCCAAUAUUAUGCCAGCAAUUGACGGUUAUUUGGAUGCGCCUCAAGUUUCUCUAGAAGAAGCUGUCGAACCUGUCGUUGACAUAAUUCCAAACAUAAUUUUUCACGCCCAAUAUGCUAAAAGGCAAUGUUCACAUCCACUGGAUGCACUGACACCUGAUGAGUCAGGAUGCAUCUAUUUGUACACGAUGGAAAAUGUUGGUCUUUACAAAAAACUAAAUGAGGCCAUCCAAGAUAAACGAAGGCAUGCACUUAAACGAUGGUUCCGUUAUUUGAAGCUUUUUCAUGUAUCCCUAAAUAAAUUGCCGUCAUCUCAAGAGUCAGUUUGGCGUGGCAUUAACCAGGAUAUCACGCAAGACAAGUCCGAACAACUCGAAAUAGGAAAAACAUUAACAUUGUGGCGAGUCACAUCUUGUACAUUGAAUAUAAAAGUAGCCCAAAGUUUCAUGCAAGAAAAGGGGCACAAUACUUUAUUAAUGAUAAAUUGCAAGAAUGGCAAAUGUAUACAUAAUCAUUCAAGUUAUCCAAGUGAAAAAGAGUUAAUUUUGUUACCCGGUACACGAUUGAAAGUUGUGGGAGGCCCAUUUCAACUACCUGGAAUUCACAUUAUUCAUUUAAAAGAAAUGGCACGAUAUGAAGAAUUGAUAAAACUACCUCCCAUCACUGGGCGAAAAAUUAAAUCACAAAAACUUACCAACAACACAUUGUACGAUCACCAAUCUACCUUUCCAGUCAAGCCAAAAACACCAAAACUUACCUCUUUACAUGAAAACGCUACUUUAUCGACUAAUUCCACCCCGCGGAUCAAUUCAAGUUCAUUCAAAGGUAUAAAGUCGGAUUCAGUUGCUCUCAACGUCUCGAUAGAUUCUAAGUCGACGACAAAGUUUUCUAAUGGAGAUAUCUAUGAAGGACAGACAAUGAACGGAAAGAAGCAAGGUGAAGGUACAUAUAAAUGGGCAAAUGGCGGUGAAUAUACUGGUGAAUGGAAUGAGGAUAAUUUCCAUGGGCAAGGUAGCCGAAUAUGGGCUUCUGGAGAUACGUACAUUGGUCGAUGGGCCGAUGGCAAAAAGCAGGGUCAUGGAACUUACACUUGGCAGAACGGGAGUCAUUAUGAGGGUGAUUGGAAGGAUGACAAGAGGAUGGGAAGGGGCGUUUGGAAAUCAAAGGAUGGCUAUCAGUACAAUGGAGAAUUCUUGGAUGGGGAAAGACAUGGCAAAGGUACAUAUACAUGGUCUGAUGGUUCAACUUAUACUGGACACUGGAAGAAUGGUAAUAUGGAAGGAAAGGGGACUCGCAGAUAUUCGAAUGGAAAUGUUUACAAUGGCUACUGGGUGAACGAUAAAAAGCAUGGGAAUGGUACAUUAACAUGGAUUUCUGGUGAUAAAUACGAGGGUCAAUAUCAGAAUGAUAUGAAACAUGGUCAUGGAAGCUACACAUGGCCAAAUGGAAAUAAAUACUCCGGAGAUUGGAAGGAAGAUCAGAGAACUGGACAGGGUACUUUUGUUUGGGUUGACGGAGAGCGCUAUGAAGGCUCAUGGGUAAAAGGCAAACGACACGGAAAAGGAAAAUUUGUUUUUGCUAGUGGAGGUCAUUAUGUGGGCGAUUGGAAUGAUGACAAGAGGACAGGAAAAGGCGUUUGGAAAUCAAAUAGUGGUGAUGAAUACGAAGGACACUUCCUGGACGGAGAUAGGCAUGGUAAAGGUACAUAUACAUGGUCUGAUGGUUCAACUUAUACCGGAUACUGGAAGAAUGGUAAUAUGGAAGGAAAGGGGACUCGCAGAUAUUCGAAUGGAAAUGUUUACAAUGGCUACUGGGUGAACAAUAAAAAGCAUGGCAAUGGUACAUAUACAUGGAUUUCUGGUGGUAAAUACGAGGGUCAAUAUCAGAAUGAUAUGAAACAUGGUCAUGGAAGCUACACAUGGCCAAAUGGAAAUAAAUACUCCGGAGAUUGGAAGAAAGAUCAGAGAACUGGGCAAGGCACUUUUGUUUGGGUUGACGGAUCAAUUUAUAUUGGAGAUUUUAUAGCCGGUGAACGAACUGGAAACGGAGUGGAAACAUGGGCAUCGGGACAAAAGUAUGAGGGUCAAUACCGAAAUAGUCAAUUUCAUGUUUCUGGAACCCUAACUCGGGCUGAUGGAACAACACGAAUGGGUGAAUGGAACAAUGGACAACCAUGUUAA